CAUCGCCAGCAGGCAGCGGGGACGAUUGGCUGGACAGCGAGUCACUGGUGUCCCUGCCGAUCUUCGCGCUGCCCACGUGUCUGCACCCUGGUCAGACCGGAGCGGUCCGAGUGUUCGAGCCGCGGUACCUCACUCUAUUCCGAGACCAGCAGCGGCAGCGGCAGGAGGCCGCGCUGGCGGCCGCGGACCCAAACAACCAGCCCGCAGCCGAGCGCCGCGCGCCGCCGGCGCCGCCUGCGCUGCGGUUCGGCCACGUGCUCGCCCCCGACGCGGCGCCGCCGGCGCUGCUGGAGGGGUCGGUCGGGGGUCUACCAAGCGUGGGCGUGUACGCGCGGGUGACCAAAGUGGAUGAGGUCCAAGACGGCACCCUGCUGGUGCACUAUGAGGGUGCGCGGCGCUUCAAGCUGCUCGCCGUGGACCGGGAUCAGGCGCCCUACCCCGUGGCGGCGGUGCAGUGGUACGAUGACGACACCGCCUCGCGAGCCCCCCAGGCGCGCGCUGACGUGGACGCCCUGGAGCGCGACGUAUUCAAAUCCCUCGCAGAGGUCCAGCGGCUCUCACAGCGCCUGGGCCCCAGCCCCAGCGGCGCGGCAUCGGGCAGCGGCGGCGGCGGCGGCGGCGGCGAGCUGCUGCCGCCGGAGGUCGCGCGGUUCGCGCCGCCGCCGCCGCCGCCGGCCGGCGGGCGCAGCACCGCGGACUACCUGCGGGCGGCGGGCGUGCCGGCGGGCGAGGCGAUCGCGGUGUGGCAGCGGCACGGCAGCGUGUACGGCACGCCGGCGGCGCCGAAGAACAGCGCGGCAGACCCCUACGAGCACCUGCGGGAGAAGGUUGGCAAGGAGCGCCGUCAGGAGCUCUUCUCGUUUGCGGCGGCCAACUGCCUUGAGCUGGGCCUGGUGGAGCGCCUGGCUCUGCUGCUCAGCCAGGACACGGCAGCACGCCUGGCCUACGUGGCGGCCGCGACGAGGCCCUACCUGUCAGACCUCGCUGCCAGGGUGGCGGUCAAGGGGGCGGUUGGCGGCGGCGGCUCCUAG